GAGCGAAGUAGAAGAAGAAGAAACCCAGGUCCAUUCAACCAAGAUGGCGGCCGGAGGGGUGUCUGUGGCUGCACUGUGGACCGAAGUGAAUCGUAGCGGACAGAACGGAGACUACACAAGAGCUUUGAAAGCUUUGACAAAAAUUUUGCAUGAAAACAGAGAUGAUGUGACGGCCCUUCACUGUAAAAUAGUUUGCCUUAUUCAGAAUGGCAGCUUCAAAGAGGCUCUGAAUGUGAUGAACACCCAUUCAAAAGUGCUCGGCAGUGAGGUUGUGUUUGAGAAGGCAUACUGUGAGUACCGUCUGAACAGAGUGGAAAGUGCCCUGAAGACCAUCGAAGGUGCUCCUGAGCAAACAGACAAGCUGAAGGAGCUUUACGGUCAAGUGCUGUACAGACUGGAGCGCUACAAUGAGUGCAAGGCUGUCUACACAGACCUGAUCAGGAACUCUCAGGAUGAGUAUGAAGAGGAGAGGAAGACCAACCUGGCUGCUGUGGUGGCUGCGAUGAGUCAGUGGGAGAAGGCCCCACUGGAACAUCUAGGUCUUCCCGAGUCCACAUAUGAGUUGUGUUACAACGCUGCCUGCACUCUGAUUGGCCAAGGGCAGCUGAAAGAGGCCUUUAAUAAAUUACAACAAGCAGAGGAGCUUUGCAGAGUCUCGUUGGCGGAUGAUUCUGAUGUAACUGAAGAGGACAUUGAGUCGGAGUUGGCCGUCAUCCAUUCUCAGAUGGCGUACGUCAUGCAGUUACAAGGUCGGACAGAUGAGGCGCUGCAGCUCUACAACCAGGUCAUCAAGCUCAAGCCAUCAGAUGUGGGGCUGCUUGCAGUGACUGCCAACAAUAUCAUCACAAUAAACAAGGACCAAAAUGUGUUUGAUUCAAAGAAAAAGGUGAAACUCACAAAUGCUGAAGGUGUUGAAUACAAGCUGGCAAAGAAGCAGCUGCAGGCCAUCGACUUCAACAAAGCUCUCCUGGCCAUGUACACAAAUCAGGCCGACCAGUGCAGGAAACUGUCAUCCAGUCUUCAGUCUCAGAACCCAGGUCACCCACGACCAGUCCUCAUCCAGGUUGCUCAACUGUGCAGGGAGAAGCAGCACAGCAGGGCCAUAGAGCUGCUCCAGCAAUUCUCAGACCAACAUCCAGAGAGUGCAUCUGGCAUCAAACUGACAAUGGCACAACUUUAUUUGGUACAAGGUCACGUAACAAAAGCCUGUGAUGUCCUGAGGUCCAUUGAAGAGUUCAAGCACAAAUCAGGGAUGGUUUCAGCUCUGGUAACGAUGUACUCCCACGAAGAAGACAUCGACAGCGCUAUCGAUGUUUUCAAACAAGCUAUCGAGCACUACCAGUCUGAGCAGCCCGGAUCUGCUUCACACUUGGCUCUUGUACGAGAAGCUGCCAAUUUCAAACUGAAGUACGGACGGAAAAAAGAAGCCAUUAGUGAUCUGGAGCAGCUGUGGAAGCAAAACACCAACGAUAUUCACACACUGGCACAGCUCAUCUCGGCAUAUUCUCUGGUGGACACAGAUAAAGCCAAAUCCCUCAGCAAGCACCUUCCAUCUGCAGACACUAUGUCUUUCAACGUGGACGUGGACGAGCUGGAGAAUUCCCAUGGAGCCACAUAUGUCAGGAAAAAAGCUGCUAAAGUCACAGGAGAAAAUCUCCCUAAAGAACAAGGCCAAGGCGAAAUCAAGAAGAAGAAGAAGAAGAAAGGCAAGUUGCCCAAGAACUACGACCCCAAAGCGACCCCUGACCCUGAGAGGUGGCUGCCCAUGAGGGAGCGUUCCUACUACAGAGGCAAGAAGAAGGGAAAGAAGAAGGAGCAAAUAGGAAAAGGCACACAGGGAGCAAUGGCAGGAGCUUCAGCCGAGCUGGAUGCCAGUAAGACAGCCAGUAGCCCCCCUACCUCCCCCAGACCAGGGUCUGCGUCCGGCUCAUCUGCAGCCCCCAGCAGUAACGUGGUCCCCCCACGGCAGCAGAAACCCGCAGCCUCGGGGGCCACUCGUAAGAAGGCACCACAGAAGAAGAAGAAGGGGGGGAAAGGAGGCUGGUAGUCAGGGGGGAAGCAGCAUGUGAGGCAGAGGGAGCCACGGGAUACACCCACAUCUGUGUGGCUGAGAAAUCACCAACAAAUCAUAAACUCUUUUUUUUUUUUUUUUUUUAUUGUUUCAAGGUUCAUUUUAGUUUUGUUGUGGCCAUUCAUUUAAACACCUGAAACCAAAAUGUCCCCUUUACUCUAGAAAGUUUUAAGGGGCAGUUCCAGUAAAAUGAACUUUUUGUUGCUCUUCAAAAGCAGAUGUGUCCUUGAGUGGUAAUGUUUUCAUUUUGUUUUAAGUUAAGACCUUUCAGGUCAGAGUAAAUUUAACAAAAACUUUACAGUGCAGUCGCUGAACUGUCUUUUUUUUUAAGGUCCACCUACAGGGAAAAUGCUUUUCUGUGUUAUAAUUUAGCAUUCAGAGAUCAAAUUCAGGUUAAAGUUUAUUGCAAACUUUGUUUCUAUGAAAUCAAGUUUCUUUCUUCCCAUCAUUCUGGCUCAGCAGAUGGCCCCGAAUCCUACAAUCCCCCUGAGCCUCAGCCUCUGUUUCUAUGGAGAAGCCAUUUAGAUAUGCAAAUCUGAGCUGUGGCAAAUUCAGAAUGCUUCAUCAUUGCAACUGUGAAGAGAACACAGCACCAAUGUUUAUAAUUUCAUCAAAAAUUACCCAGAAUUCAAAAGUAAAUUGAUUCUGGUGCAGAGUGAAUUCAAAAACCCAGUUCCUGACGCAUCAUGAAACCCUUACACGUUUGUAGCGCCUCUAGCUGUGCACUCAUCUCAGUGAGGGUAACAUCCUGUUUGGAUGUUUGUCCAGCUGUCUGAUCUGCUCCUUCUCUUCAGUUCUUCCCCAGAGCUGUCCUCAGUUCCCCCCGAUUCUCAGUCGUCAUCUCCACAUUUCUCUGCAGCCACAGGUUUAACUGUAGAGAGCGGCUUCUCCGUCUCCUCUGCAGAGCUCCGAGCACCAGCGCUCUGCUCGGACAGCAGAGCUCCUUCCUCAGCUCGAACACACCGAAGCUCUGAAGUCAGCUGCUUCAGCUGUUCGGUUCUUUGCUGGUCUUGUUCUCGGUGAUUCAGGAAACUUCACUGUCUUUCAUGUUCAUGUUCCACAUGGUUGAUCAGGCGUUUUGGGACUUUGCCAUCUAGCAGAACAGUGAACUUGGAGUCUCCUCGAACACAACGUUCUGCUCAUUUUGGUGUACUGUUUAAUUUGUUUAUCAGAAUCAGUCACCUCUCUGCCCUUUAAAGUGUCAGGUUUUUCACAGAGGCAUCUUCCACAUGUGACUAAACUAUAUGCAAUGAGCCGAUUUGUUGAACUUCUACAGUGAAUUUAUUGUCAUUUUAGGACUGAGCUGAUCUUGAUACUGUUAAAUCAGUAAUGUUAAAAACCACAGAUCAGUUUAAGGACAUUACAGGAAAACUGCUGCUUUUGCAAAGUAACUUGAAGUUCAGUUUUGGGAGAAUUGUCUUUGAUGUUUCUUGGGUCUGAGUGUUUUAAUGUCACACUCUGGCUGUCUGCAUCACCUUUCUUUAAAUUGUCCCUUUACUUUCAGUAAGCUGACCAUCAACCACUGGGCAUUGGAUGCAGUGUUAAAGAAUGUUUAUUUUUGAAUCCCUGUGUUGGUCUAAAUUCAAGUGAAAGAGGAUUUUAAUUCUUGAGUUUAAUUCUGUCAGAUGCAUGUCUUUGGAAACAAGGAAAGACACUAUUUUGGCCAAACAGGUGUCCCAUUUUGUUAAGUCUUAAUAAAACUGUCGGCAGCAAUGAGA